AUGCUCUCUGUUCUACACGCCCUAGCAGCCGUAGGCAUUGUUCUCCUCAUUCCACUACUUUGUCGCCUGGGGAAUUUCAUCUGGCUUUACUUCCUCAGACCGAGUACCGCACACGCGUACCUUCACGCUGGGCCGGCGUACGCCCUCAUCACUGGCGCGACAGACGGUAUUGGCAAGGCUCUUGCGAAGGAGCUAUACGACCAGGGCUUCAACCUGAUCCUUCAUGGCCGCAGUGAGCAGAAGAUGCGCAAGGUCGUGGAUGAGGUCCGCGGGACUGGGGCGCGCGACGUGCUGUACUUCCUCGCCGACGCCUCAGACGUGGACCAUGACUUCGAGCGCAUGAUAGCGCCGUAUGCAAACCUAAACAUCACGGUUGUCGUGCAUAAUGUAGGGAACCAGGGCUUCACCAAAGAGAGAAUCGAUGAUGGAUUCAGCAAGGGAGACGUAGCGGGGAUCGUCAACCGCAACGCGAUCUUCUCCCUCUACCUCACCCACACCCUCCUGCCCCGACUCCGUUUGUCCGCCAAGACAGGACCCGUCCUUGUCCAAUUCAUGGGUUCUCUGGCAAGCGAGAUCUGCCCGCCGCGGUUCGCCAUCUACGGCGCGACCAAGUCCUUCCUGAAGGCGCUCGCGCGCGGCCUCGACAACGACGAACGCGUGUGGGGCACGCCGACGGGCGUGCGCUUCGAAUACCUCGUCACGGGCCAGGUGCAGUCCAACAGCAUGCGCUUGAAGGCGACGCUGGACACGCCGACGUCUGAGACGUAUGCGAAGGCUGUGGUCGGGAGGAUGGGCUGUGGUCGGAGAAAGUAUUGCCCGUAUUGGGUGCAUGCGAUGCAGCAGUGGUUCUCCGAGGUCAUGGGGGAGACGACACAGGACAGCUACUCGGCGGCGGCGAUCGCGGAUCUCAUAGCUACUCAUGAGAAGAAAGUUUGA